UCAAUUGCCUUUCAAUUCAUUACAUUGAGCGUGUAGUAGAGAUGGAAGUAUUGCUCGAGUGGCGGGUUAUACGGGUUGCACUCCAAGUUUGGCUGACAUAAGCCCCGUUGAACGGAGGGAAACAACUGGCCGCGGUUUCGCGACGCAAUACGCGCCCCAUGCCCACUGCGCAACGCUCGUUAUGACGGACACCUAUACAUGUGGCAACCUUCGCAUUUGCACAGUACCUAACCGUCGGUACUUACUGCUCUACGCAUUUACAAAAAAGGGGGCAUGUUGGAUAGAGAACCCAGGGGUGGUCGCGGCUUCCGACGCGGCAAAGGACUGGGUAGAGGCAAGACACAGAUAUGGGAGUGGGAAUCAUACACACCUGGCGCUGAAGUCUACGAACAGCUAUGGCGCGUUCGCAAGGAGCCUGCAAUCGUUACCGCACGGCUUCCUGACGACUGCCCCAUACCGAAUGCGCGAACACGAAUACUCUACCGUCGGCAGACCGAGGAUGCUAUAAAGCGAGAGCGAUACGCUGUAGAGAUAACACACAUCAGCCAACCUGAAAACAGACAUGAUAGCAUUGAUCGCACGGAGGUUGAGGAUGUGGACUUUACACGUAUCAUGCAGUACGUGUCUCCGGCCGAACUGGAGCGCUAUGAAACAGAGCAGUUCAGACUCGAGGCAGAGGCCGAGGCAGUCGCGAUACGCACAGAAGCUGAGGAUCUAGCACGUCGACAACUGCAUAAGAAUACAAAGCUACCAAGCAACAACAGAGGAAGUCGUAUGCUCAGUGGGCUGGAACUUCCUGUCAUUUUGCCCACAAGAGCUAGAGACAGCCAAUUCAGACAUCUUCCGGUGUGGCCCGUUCAGCCUUUGUUGCCAACAGCGCCCUGCCUGUAUCAUCAAUACCAACGAGACUUUCUACUUCUCUUCCUCAGCAGGGACAUACAGGGCUUUCGGAUCCGAAUAAGGACGUGGGCCUAGCCCGGGCUAGCCGCGAUGCAAAGCCUCUGUCCAACACCUCAGACGACAUGCUUCUACACACACCGCUUCUCUUUGAUCAGUCGUCGACUACAGUGUCUAACU